AACCAUCGACCGGCUUUUGAGCUGCUUCUCAUCCCGAGCCUCGUGGGAUUCAGUUUCAAUCAGGAGGGUCUGCGAUCGGCGAGGGGAAGAGCACGGCGAUGGAGUCGGUUGAGGUGCUGGUGGCGCACAUCCAGGGCUUGUCCAGGAGUCCCGACGAGGUCUCGCACCUCCACUCCCUGCUCAAGCAGUCCGAGGACGCUCUCCGCUCCCAUGCAUCUCGACUCGCCCCCUUCCUCUCCCAGCUCGACCCAUCCAUCCACACCCUAGGCUACCUUUUCCUUCUGGAAGCAUAUUCAUCUGGGUCAAUCUCAGGGGAGGAGGCUUCCGGUUUUCUUUUGACUGUAGUGGAAUUUAUCAACUCAUGCUCGGCAGAACAGAUACAGCUUGCACCAGAAAAAUUCAUUUCUGUUUGUAAGAGUUUCAAGGAUCAGGUUAUGCAGCUUGGGGUUCCCAUGCAAGGAAUAGCUCCCUUGUGGAUGGCUGUCCGUAAACUCCAAACUUCCACAGAGCAAUUAACUACCUUACACUCGGAUUAUCUUCUUCUGUGUCUUCUAGCUAAGUGCUAUAAAGCGGGACUAAGCAUUCUGGAUGAUGACAUCUUUGAGGUUGAUCACCCGAGAGAUCAUUUCCUCUAUUGCUACUACGGGGGAAUGAUAAACAUUGGAUUAAAGCGUUUUGAGAAAGCAUUAGCGUGUCUUCAUAAUGUUGUUACUGCACCGAUGACUACUCUAAAUGCAAUAUGUGUUGAAGCAUACAAAAAGUAUAUUUUGGUUUCACUCAUCCUGAAUGGACAGGUUCCAUCAUUCCCAAAGUAUACUUCUUCAGCCGCUCACAGGAAUCUGAAGAAUUAUACUCAGGUUGCCAACUACCCUCCGUCCCAUGCCCGUUGCUCAAGCUCACAUCUACCUCGCACGAAUCCUUGUCAACCUCAUCCAUAUGCGCUUGAGCCCUUAUCAACCUUGCAUCAGCCCUUGUCAAUCUCCUAUGCUCGCUCCGAAGCUCCCAUCAACCUUGUCUCACACUCAUGCCAUCACGGAUCUCAUGCAAGCUCACAUAUCCUGGAAAUUGUUUUCCUAGAACCUUACGUUGAUCUUGCUAAUUUCUAUGCCAGUGGGAAAUUUUCCGAAUUAGAGGCCUGCAUCCAAACGAACCAGGAGAAAUUUCUAUCUGACAGCAAUCUUGGUUUAGUAAAACAAGUAUUAUCUUCCCUGUACAAGCGCAACAUCCAGAGACUGACACAAACUUACUUGACCUUGUCACUCCAAGAUAUAGCAAAUGUUGCUCAAUUGAACAACCCUAAAGAAGCUGAGAUGCACGUACUCCAGAUGAUCCAGGAUGGAGAGAUAUUUGCUACUAUUAACCAAAAGGAUGGAAUGGUGAGCUUUCAUGAGGAUCCUGAGCAAUACAAAAGUUGCAGAAUGACAGAGCACAUUGAUUUUUCAAUCCAAAGGUUAAUGGCAUUGUCAAAGAAGUUGAGCUCCUUGGAUGACAAUCUUUCAUGUGAUCCCCAAUACUUGUCAAAGGUUGGGAAAGAAAGGCAGAAAUUUGAUUUCGAUGAGUUCGAUUCUGUUUCUCACAAAUUUAUGUGAACCUCAGCUGCGGGAUCAAUGGCAGGGAAGUUUCUGUUGCCAAUGCUUUAUCUUGUCCAAUAGGAAUCAUCUUGUCUAGUCUUCUCAUCCAAAGGAGUUUCCAAACAGUGUCGGAUGACUUUGUUUUUGAACCAUUUUAUGUGCAUCAUCAUCAUAAUUGUUCUUUCGCGUAAUCUGAGGACGCCAAAUUUGACAGCUGUGAUGUGCUUGUUUUACAGUUUGCCCGCUCUUUUACA